AUGGUGAGGAUGACCGCGCAAAUGGUGGGUCCGUAUAACGAACUAUUUUUCCUUGGUACGCUUGCGAGCAGACUGAAAGAAAAAGCGGCCGAACAUUUUGCGCCUAGACUGGCCCCGUUUGAAAUAGUGCAGGAAUUUCUUCGGGAACUGUCGAGGAGAUACGGCAGCAUCAACAACGCAGACACGCUGAUGGCACAGCUGAAAAUAAUCAGGCAGCAAAGCCGAGAAUCAAUAGAGGACUAUAGCGGGAGAGUACAAGGACUGUAUAAUAGACUGACAAUGCUACAUGACUCGAGUCCAAGCCUGUUUCCGAUUCAAAAGCAGGUUCUGAAAGAAAGCGCAGAAGCAGAGGCAGUCAAGCAAUUCACAUACGACUUGCAGCCAACGGGCAGAAAUAAUAAGUACAAUAAUUACAAUAAUUACAACAAUUAUAACAGGGGUUACAACAAUGGUCCAUCGGAGCCGUACAACAGAAAUGAUAACUACUACAACAUAAAUAACAAUUACAACACUGGAAAUAACGGAAACAGCAAUUACAACAAUAGGAAUGCCAAUUAUUAUGAUAGGAAUGAUUAUAAUAACUGGUACAAUAACUACAAUCCCAUGGGCAGUAAUUAUUACUCUAACCGAGGUUACGGUGACCCUUAUAAUAAUAACAACGGGGACGCAUCCAACCGUUAUGGAAACGACUACACAAAUCAGGACAGUAGGGACGGCUAUAAUAGAAACUUUGUAAGACCAGGGCCACCACAAGAUAGGCGCCCACCGCAGCAAAGAAACAUUGAAUACGACCCUGAUAAUAGGAGAGACGGAUCGGCUGCUUUAAACUCGCAAGAUGUAUGGCGUGGUCCCCAAACGCCGAGCAUGAACUAG